AUGAACGGGUAUCCGCCUCAAAUGGCACCACCAGUAUCUGCCUGGCAGGCUGUAGCCUCGGCUGACGGGAAAGAGUACUACUACAACGCCGUAACAAAGCAGACUACCUGGGAGAAGCCGGACGAGCUCAAAGACGAAGUCGAGCGUGCGAUCAUAGGAACUGGCUGGGCCACGCAGAUAGUCAACGCAAGGCGCUACUUCUACCACACUCAGACAAAAGAGACGACGUGGGAUAUUCCUGACGUAGUCCAGAAAAAGAUCGAUCAAUACAAAGCUGACCAUCCACCGCAACGUCCCCCACCCGCAGGCCCGUCAGGCUGGGCUGCUGGACCCACUGCGCACCCACCUACGUACGAUAACCGUCGCCCUGAACGCGAUGAGUACCGCCCUGACAGACACGAUCGUGAUCGUGACCGCGACCGCGACCGGGAUCGUGAGUCUGGCUUUGGCGGUGACAGACCGAACAUCAACUUUACCACUGGCUCGGAGCUCCAGUUUUCUACUCCUCAGGAAGCAGAGGCUGCCUUCAUGAAAGUGCUCAAGCAGAUCAAGGCCCAACCCGAUUGGACUUGGCAGCAGGCUGUUCGUGCUGGUAUCCACGAUCCCAAUUGGCGUGCAAUUCCAGAUGCAGAGAAGCGCGAGGACGCGUUCAGGAAAUACUGCGAAGACUUGCGCGCCCAAGAGAAGAACAAGGAGCAGGAGCGCCAGGCCAAGCUGCGCGCUGACUUCACAGCUAUGCUUCAGUCGCAUCCUGAGAUAAAGUACUACACACGCUGGAGGACGGCUCUGCCGAUCAUCGAAGAAGAGACCAUAUUCCGCUCUGCCAAGGAUGAUACCGAGCGUCGCUCACUCUUCGAAGAGUAUAUUAUUUCGCUGAAAAAAGCACACGAGGAAGAAGAGGCUGAAAGCAGACGGUCGGCGUUAGACGAGGUUCUUGGUCUCAUGAAAGACUUGGACCUUGAACCCUUCACGCGUUGGCAGGCAGCUGAAGAGAAGCUUGAAAAGAGCGACGAGUUUCACAGCGAGCGAUUCCAGACGUUGACCCGCAUCGAUGUGCUCAACCAAUUCGAGAAGCACAUUAGGCAGCUUCAGCGCGAACACAAUGACCGAGUACAAGCUGACAGGCGCGUCAAGCAUCGAAUGGAGCGCAAGAAUCGAGACGCUUUCAUCACCCUCCUGAGCGAACUGAGGGACAGUGGUAAGCUCCGAGCCGGCACUAAAUGGAAAGAUAUCCAUGAUAGCAUUCAGGAUGAUCCACGCUAUAUUGCAAUGCUUGGACAGGGGGGAUCUUCCCCUGUAGAGCUAUUCUGGGACGCAUUGGAGGAGGAGGAGGGCAAGUUCCGUACACUGCGUCGCCGUGCACUGGAUGUACUAGAGCAACAACGCUUUGAGGUUACAACAUCGACGCCUGUCGAAGAAUUCCUAAGUGUCAUGCGUACAGAUUCUCGCACCGCUAACAUUGACGAACAGUCGAUGCAUAGUAUCUACAAUUACGUUCUUGCAAAGGUGAAGAAGCGAGAAGAGGAAGAACGUCGAGACGAGGAGCAUAAUGAACGCUAUGCCAUGGACGCACUUCGCUCCAUCAUCAAGCGGCUUGAUCCGCCGGUGCUACUUACAGACACUUGGGAAGUGGUACGUCCCCGCGUUGAGAAGACAGACGAGUAUCGCGCACUGAAAUCAGAUACCCUCCGCGAAUCGGUAUUUGACAAGUACAUGCGUCGCCUGAAGGAGAAGGAAAGCGACCGACGUGAUCGAAGCAGGCGUGAUGAUCGCGACCGUGACAGGGAUCGGCGCGAGCGAGACCGUGAGUAUCGCAACGGACAUUCCGACUCCCACCGCCGUCAUCGUACGCGUACUCGCUCACCUGAACAUGACCCAUACGCAGCGGAGCGUAGGCGAGCUCAACAAGACAGGGAGGCUCGUUACCGGGUCAACGACAUAACAGGCUUGUCCCCUCCGCCGAUUCGUCGGGAGCGACGGGACGAUGACCGUUACGAACGCCCUCGUCGUAGUCCUGGAGGUGAUCAUUAUGGUCGUGAACGUCGCGAACGUGAAGUGGAACGUGAGCGAUCUUAUGUCAGUAGGGCUGACCCCCGAGAAAUGAGCGCCCCCCUAUUGGAUUAUGGUGACAGUGGCGGUCGCACUUCUUCAGCAAGGCGCCGCCGGGACAGCAACGAGAGUGCAAGCAGACGUGAUCGCGAUGUCAAGCGCGCUCGUUAUUCACCUCGUCUUGACCGCAAGUCAAAGACGCCCGUUCCUGAGCCCGCCAAGAAGGAAGAAGAAGAUGCAGCUCUUCGAUCCGGCAGCGAGGAAGGGGAGAUUGAAGAAGACUAG